AUGCAAGCCGGAACACGAAUACUAUUUGGCUCGUUGACAAGAAGUCAUUUAUUUCGAACUCGGCCUUUGUUUACGCGAUGUAUAGCACCCAAUCAUGUGAUGCUCUCGAGGAGAAGAGACUACUCUCAAGAAACACCAAAGCUGGCACCCGAAGAUCGUGGAAAAUACAAGCUAGCCACCGUUCCUAAUGCUAUUUGUAUAGCAAGAAUAGCAAGCACUCCAGUGAUUGGCUACUUGAUAGUCGCACACGAAUUUUCUCCAGCAUUUGCACUAUUCGUUGUUGCUGGAGCGAGUGAUUUGUUAGACGGUUAUAUUGCGAGGAAUGUGCCUGGCCAAAAGUCUCUUCUCGGGUCGGUGCUGGAUCCAGUAGCGGACAAAUUUUUAAUCUCCACUAUGUUCAUUACCUUGUCGAUAUCGCACACAUUACCUGUGUCGUUGACAGCAGUUGUUCUUCUUCGCGAUUUUUGCUUGAUCACCGGAGGAUUCUACAAACGAUAUCGCACGAUGGAGCCCCCUUAUUCUUUGGACCGAUUCUUUAAUCCAUCCGUUUCAUCGAUGCAAAUUGUGCCAACCCUGAUGAGCAAGAUUAACACCGUUUUACAAUUAACUGUCGUGGCAACGGCGCUUGCUUCAACAGUUUUCGAAUGGGGUGCGAGUGCACAAGAUGGAUUGCUUGCGCUAUGUUGGGCAACCGGAUUCACAACGGUUUACUCUGGACUUCAAUACGCCACCGGGAGAGCCUUCAAGAAAGUA